CGAAUAAAUUCACUCGUUUUCGUGUUCCAUUAAGAGUUGCCAAAUCUCUUCUCCUUUCUCUGAUACCUACUCUGUUCACCGUCUAUAUAUACCUCCAAAAACCAGCCCAUCAAUCCAUAUCUCAUUCCCUUAUCUUUUUUCAUCAACAUUACUAGCCACUCAUUCUAAACCACCACCACCGGCACCACCCCUUUUGGUUGUUCAUAUUCUUCAGCAGCACACCACAAUGGGAUGUUUCAGUAGUAUAGUAUGUUGUGUUCCAAAAUGUAUCUUCAAAAUCAUUCUCUCUAUUCUCGUCGCCAUUGGCAUAGCAGUUCUUAUUGUCUGGUUAAUCCUGCGUCCGAUAAACCCAUUGAAAUAUCAAGUCGAUAACGCUUCCCUUACUCAGUUCAACGUCACCGGUAACGACAUGCUUCAUUACGAUCUUGCAGUGGAUUUAAACUUAAGAAACCCGAAUACGAAAAUUGGUGUUUACUAUGAUCAGAUUGAAGCUAGAGCGUUUUACGAUGGUCAGAGGUUUGAUUCGGUUAUGUUAACACCGUUCUAUCAAGGUCAUAAGAAUACUACUAUUCUCCGUCCGGUGUUCAAAGGGCAACAUCUAUUACCAAAUGUGCUAGGUGAGUUUAACCAAGAUAAGGCUGAUGGGAAAUUCAAUGUUGAAGUUAAGCUUUAUCUUAAGAUGAGAUUCAAAGCUGGUCUUGUUAAGACUACUAAGUUCAGGCCUAAAGUUAAGUGUCAGUUUGCAGUUCCUUUGGGUUCUUCAGUUGAAUUCACUUCUGAGAAGUGCGACUAUGAUUGGUGAUUCCGGUAAUCGGCGACGGUGCCGAUAUUUUCCAUUUAAUUUAUAUCAUUGAUUGAUUAACGAUGAUAGUUGGUGUUAUUAGUUGGAUUUAUUAAUUUGGUUAGGUACAUUAUUAAUUUAUGACAGUGGCACAUUAUUGGUGUUAAUAUUCGUUGUUUCCAGUUCAUUUUUGUUCUCCA